CCCGACGACGACGACGACGAAGGCUCUGGCACUCCUGAAGACGAGCCGCUCGCACUGCCGUCCGAUUUCUCUCACUCGGAGCGAGAGGACCUCGGCCUCCAGGUCCUCGCGCUGUUCGAACGCAGAAUUCGAGUCGGCCAUGCCUACGACCUUCUCGACGCUAUCAAGCAAUCAUUAAAUCAUCAAGGCGCAUUCCUCCUCGACAAGCGCAAGCACGCGCGAGGCCAGAAAGACAACAUGCGCUCGCAGACACAAGUCAACGCUGCCGUGGCGCGGACGCGAGCCAUGGCUGGGCUGUACAACUACAACCGCGAUCGCCUCAUUGCGUUGAACUGGGACGAAUCGGAUGUCUUGUUCACUAUCAACUUGGACCAGGACUUGAAGGGGAAGAACUGGCGAAGCCCUCGACAACUGGGAGACAGUCGUCAGGAACCGAGCUGGAUAUGGACCUCGAACGCAAACGAUCACAGCGUUACUCACGACGGAUCAGUCGAUCGCGUGCAAUGGUUCCGGGCAAGAGCCGAGAAGGACCGGGCGAAUGAAGAGGUCAACAAACUCCAUGCCGAAUUCAAGCGAACGAUUCUUGGCUUCAAGAACAUGUCCAACGCAUGGCAGGCCGUGUCCACGAAACCGGAACUGUCGGAGGGUGCACGUGUGUACGCGAGGAAGAAGGCGGACAUGUUCAGCAAGCUAAGUCUGCAAUGUGCCAAUCAGUUCGCAAGCACAAGGAGGGACCACGAAGAC